AUGAGCUGGGCCCACCAAUGCAAAACCACUCUUCCUGCUGGAAAAGAAAAGAAGUUCACUGGAGGAGCCUACGACAGCAGUUUUGAAAGGUACAGGGGGGCAGGAGAGCGGGCUAGAGGGCGGACAGCCCGGGCACACGUGCCCAGCUCCGGCAGAGACACAACGCCGGGUGCAUCGCGGGGGCAGCGCGAUAAAACAGCCCGAAACUCUGCCCGCCGGUGCGGCAAUAAAAACGCCCCGAUGAAAACACCCACUUCCCCUGCGCCCCCACGAGCCGAACGCGGCGGGGCGGGCACCGGCCCCGGGCCCAGCCCGCACCUCCGCCCCGCCCGGGCCGGACCAGGAACCUGGGAGCGGGUCCCGUCCGCACAUUCUUACUGUCUUGUGCCUGUUAACGAGGGCUUUGUGUUUUGCAGGAAAGCCGAGGAGUAUCUGCGGCUGUCCCAGGUGAAGUGCACGGGGUUAAUGGCUCAAAUGACGGCGACGAGCAGCGCUGUGAUGUGCCUGGACCUGGCUGCGAGUUUCAUGAAACAACCGAUUGACAAAAGCUACUGUGUUAAACUCUCUGGGUUGAACAAGAACACCUACCAGAACUCUAUGAAGUCCUUGGAGUGUUUGCUGGAGGUGAACCCCAGGCUGGGAAUGCGAGACUUGGCUGUGCAAUUUUGCUGCACAGAGGCAGUGAACAUGGCUGCAGAAAUACUUCAGAGGUAUGAAUCCAGCCUUUCUGAAGCACAGAGGAUGGACCUUGAUUUCUCAAAACCACUUUUUUUAACAGCUUCACUAUUCACUGCAUGCAGGUGUUUGAAGCUAAAAGUGGACAAAACUAAAAUGGUGGCUACAUCUGGAGUGAAAAGAGCAAUAUUUGACCGGCUGUGCAAUCAGCUGGAGAAGAUAAGCCAGCACCUCAGAAAAGAAGAUGUUCCACUGGCUGCAGAGACACCUGAAAGCCUGCAGACCUGCCUGGAGCACUGUGAGCAGGAAGAUGGAUCUGAAGAUGAUGAGGAGAAGCCACGUAAACGGCCAAAGACUGAAACAAAGCAGGACUAUGAAGAAUGGAAAAAGAAAAUCCUGGAAAAUGCUGCUAAGGCACAAGAGACAAAUAGUACUGCCUCUGUAAUGCCACCCAGUAAUGCAACUGCUGCUUGCCCUUAAUCUUAACUCUCCCUUGUGCUCUAACAGUAGUUCCAGUAGCAUGAGUGAUGGCUGCCUGGUAGCCAGCUACCUUAUUUAGCUUUUAAGUAUUGAAGAAUGUUACUUUUAAUAAAAUGACACCAGGAUUGAGGUGAUUUUACAGGAAGCCUGUCUUGACUACUCACCUGGCUGGUACCUGAGCAGCUUUGGCAUUAAGGGGGUAAAAUAGCUUCAUUCUCUUGCUGCAAGAAACGGGGAACAUUCUAAUGCUACGUUCUAAUGCUACUUUAAGUGUAAAUAAGUGACAACUUACAGGCCCUUGAGCCCCUGGCUGGAAGCAGUCAGUGAAAUAAGAGGGAGGGGACUAAUUGUGCCUUGUUAAACUGCAAAGCCAGCAGAGAAGUUAAGAUUUUUUUUUUAAAUUGCUUUUAUUUUUUUACUAUUGAAGAAAUACUGUUUAGUAACUGAAUUUGACUUAUUUUCAUGUGUAUAAGAAUGAAGUCUCUUGUCCUUUUUUAAAGGAGUCCCAAAUAUUGCAAGAAACAAUAAAAGUACUGGAAGGAAAA